GUGCGCAUCCUCUCACAUCUGGAGCCGCUGUGACAGACACACGGAGACAUGCAGCGGUGACCCACGCGUGUCCGGGUUACGCACACUUACUGAGUAAGAGUAAGAGUUAAGGCGAGGAGUUACAAAAAAACAAAAAAAGAAGAAGAAGAAGGCGACAGGGAGCUGAAGGAGCGGACGUGCCCUCUACAAUGACGGCGAAAACUUUGGACAAAGUGCCGGUAAACCUCGGGGGGUUCGUACAUCCCGAAAGCAUUUACACAGUGGAUGACAUUGGCUCCGGUUUACCGACUUCCGUGGCUAUUUUCCCCAGCGGCGGUGAUUUGGGAGCGCACUACGACCAAAUAAAUGUAACAUCAGACUCCCUGAUGAGCGCAGACCUGGGCGCAGAGAAGCGGCCUCUGGACCUGCCCUCCUACACCGGCGGCUUCUCUCAGCCUCCGUCCCACCGGAACCAGACCUUCACCUACAUGGGGAAGUUCUCCAUAGACUCCCAGUAUCCGGGGAACUGGAACCCCGAGGGAGUCAUCAACAUCGUGUCGGGCAUCUUCAACGUGGCCCAGCCGCCGCCUCCUCCUCCUCCGCCCUCCUCCUCGGCGUCCUCCUCCCCGGCUUCCUCCAGCUCUCCCAAUCACUUUUCCAGCGGAAAUUUGAGUUGUACCAUGGCAGCUCAGAACCAGGCGGAGCUGGACCACCACCACCACCUCUACUCCCCCCCGCCCCCUUACUCCUCUGCCGGCUGCGGGGAGGUCUACCAGGACCCCUCGGCUUUUCUGUCCACCUCCACCUGUCCCAUCGCCACCUACCCGCCGCCCUCCUACUCCUCCUCCCCUAAACACCCCGGCGGCUCUGACGCCCCGGGCCUCUUCCCCAUCAUCCCAGACUACUCGGGCUUCUUCCAACCGGCCUGUCAGCGGGACAUGCACACCGCGGGGAUCCAAGACCGGAAGCCCUUCGGCCCCUGUCCGCUCGACACCUUCCGCGUCCCUCCGCCUCUGACCCCCCUGAACACUAUCAGGAACUUUACUUUGGGGGGUCCGGGGAGCGGCGGCUCAGACGGAGGCCCCCCCAGGCUCCCCUCCGCCUACAGCCCUCAGAACCUGCCCUUGAGACCCAUCCUGCGCCCCAGGAAGUACCCCAACAGACCCAGCAAGACCCCCAUCCACGAGCGGCCCUACCCGUGUCCGGCGGAGGGCUGCGACCGGCGCUUCUCCCGGUCGGACGAACUCACUAGACACAUCCGCAUCCACACCGGACACAAACCGUUCCAGUGUCGGAUAUGCAUGCGCAACUUCAGCCGCAGCGACCACCUGACCACGCACAUCCGCACGCACACCGGGGAGAAACCGUUCGCCUGCGAUUUCUGCGGACGCAAGUUCGCGAGGAGCGACGAGAGGAAGAGACACACUAAGAUCCACCUGAGGCAGAAGGAGCGGAAGUCUUCCACCGUUUCCUCCUCGUCCUCAUCCUCAUCCGGCAGCACCGGGCUGGAGCGACCGACCGGCACCGGCAUCGGCACCGGGAUCUGUUCAUAGUUCCAGACUUCUGUGUUCACACUAAACCCUCCAAGUAACGGUCCAACCCAGACUCUGCUACUGUUCUGAACUAAACAUAGAAGAAUAAAAACACCAGGAUGGGAAUAAACAAGGACCCACACGGUGCGCACACCUAUGCAGCCGUGCGCAAUUACGCACACACACUCACACACACACAUACAUACACACACAAUCCUGUUCCUGAACAGAUCGAGAGAUUGACUCGAUUGCACUUUGUCUGCUCAGUCUACUGAAUAUAAAAGUAAAUAGCCAUUAAUUCAUACAAAUAUACAAGGGUGGUUGUAAUAUAAACUUAAAAAAAAAAAAAAAAAAAAAAAAAAAAA